AUGGAAGCAGUCAUCAACAAAUUCGAAUCAGUCCUUGGCGGCGGCAGCACUUCUCACUCGGUCCUUCUGCUUGGUGCGGGUUUCGUAACCCGUCCUACGGCUGAGAUCCUUGGAAACUCUGGCAUCAAGGUUACUGUCGCUUGCAGGACAUUGCAGAGGGCGCAGAGCCUGGCAAAGGGCAUCAAGAAUGCUACUGCUAUUAGCCUCGAUGUCAACAACGACGACGCCCUCGAUGCUGAAGUAGCCAAGGUCGACGUAGUCAUCAGCUUGAUCCCCUACACGCACCAUGCGACCGUCAUCAAAUCCGCGAUCCGCAAGAAGAAGCACGUCGUUACCACCUCCUACGUCUCCCCCGCGAUGAUGGAACUCGAUGCCCAGGCAAAAGAAGCCGGCAUCACCGUCAUGAACGAGAUUGGUCUCGACCCUGGAAUUGACCAUCUCUCCGCCGUCCUUACCAUUGACGAGGUGCACAAGGCGGGCGGCAAGAUCCUCUCGUUCAAGUCAUACUGCGGCGGUCUGCCUGCCCCUGAGUCUUCGGAUAACCCGCUUGGAUACAAGUUCUCGUGGAGCUCGCGAGGUGUGCUGCUCGCUCUAAGGAAUGCGGCGAAGUACUACAAGGAUGGCAAGGUUGUGGAGAUCGAGGGCCCAGAGCUGAUGGCGGAGGCGAAGCCAUACUUCAUCUACCCUGGAUAUGCAUUCGUUGCGUACCCGAACCGCGACUCUACCCCGUACAAAGAACGCUACAACAUCCCCGAGGCUCAGACCAUUGUCCGUGGCACGCUGCGGUACCAAGGCUUCCCAGAGUACAUCAAGUGCCUCGUCGACAUUGGGUUCCUGUCCGAGGAGCCCAAGGACUUCCUCAAGGAGGGCGAGAAGCGUACCUGGAAGGAUGCCACCGCGAAGAUCAUCGGCGCGACUAGCGACAAAGAGGAGGACAUUAUCUGGGCUAUCAGCUCGCGGACAAAGUUCAAGGACACCGAAGAGAAGGAGCGCAUUCUCGACGGCCUCCGCUGGAUCGGCCUCUUCUCCGACGAGCAGAUCACCCCGCGCGGCAACCCGCUCGACACCCUCUGCGCGACGCUCGAGCAGAAGAUGCAGUACGAGGAGGGCGAGCGCGACUUCGUUAUGCUGCAGCAUAAGUUCGAGAUCGAGAACAAGGACGGCAGCAAGGAGAUUCGGACUUCGACGCUUGCUGAAUAUGGUGACCCUAAGGGAUACUCGGCUAUGGCUAAGCUAGUGGGUGUGCCAUGUGCGGUUGCGGUGCAGCAGGUGAUUGAUGGGACGAUCAAGGAGAAGGGCAUUCUGGCGCCGAUGUCGCCGGAGAUUUGCGCACCGUUGAUGAAGACUCUGACGGAUAAGUAUGGUAUUGCGUUCAAGGAAAAGAGCAUCCCGCAGUAGACGCUGCGCGGGUUUUCUUGGGUAGCUUCCUUGAGUGUGGAGCUGCGACAAUGGAUGGGAUGGAAAGUGUAGACAAAACGAUCACCAAAUAGAUCUUUGACACGAGUUUGUCGAUUACGAACUUUUUCGGGCAUUGCAUUUGUACGGUGCCGGUAUCCAG